AUGGCUUCUCAAGGACAGUACUUUCCUCCUCCUCCUUCCAGUGGAGGUGAUCAAGAUGGGCAGCAACAGUUCACCCCUCCUCCUACCAACAACCAGACCUACUUCGCUCCUCCACCUCCUCAACCACAACAAACCCAGCCGCAGCAGCAAUUCGCUCCUCCGCCCACUUUCGCGCCGCCACCGAGUGUCUCCCCGAUCUCUCCACAGCAAAACGCAGCCAGCAAUGCACCAGCACCAGAGGCAAAGUCGCUACCAUACUACCCAGGGCCUCCCGCCGAGUCCGAUGUAAACGAGAAGCAGAAAGAGCGCGUACAAGUCAGCGAGCCUUUAGCAAGUCCAAGGCAGGCAUCUUUCAAUGCCAAUCGACAAUCCAGCAUGCCAGGUGGUGCGCCUCCGCCAGGCCACUUCACUGGAGCACAAGCAACGAUGGAUGAUGUUGGGACCUUCAAUGGCGGUUCCUACCGCAUUAGUCACCGCGACAGCAACACUAUAGUCACGAUUCAGCUGGCAAUGGGUUGUCCACUCACGGUGAAGCCAGGUGCCAUGAUCGCCAUGUCUCCGACCAUAACAGUCAAAGGUGACUUCAAAUUCAGCAUGAAGAAGUUGAUCGCAAGAGGCCAGAUGUCCCACAGUCUGUUCACCGGUCCUGGAGAGCUGUUGCUGGCACCAUCCGCACUUGGAGACGUUACGAACAUUCGCCUGGCGGGGAGUGAGCAUUGGAACGUUGGAAAGGAUGCCUUCUUGGCUGCGACGCAGGGUGUGACGAAGGACUAUGUCAGCCAGAACUUGAGCAAGGCCAUCUUCUCAGGUGAAGGCUUGUUCGUCUACAAGCUCGGUGGUGUUGGAAUUUGCUGGAUCCAGAGCAUGGGAGCUAUACUUCGCAAAGAUCUCCGUGAGAACGAGAAGUACAUCGUCGACAACGGCCAUCUGGUAGCGUGGAACUGUGGCUACACUCUGGAGCGAGUGGCAAGUGGUGGCAUUGUUAGCAACUUUGCAGCUGGGGAAGGUCUCGUUUGCAAGUUUCAAGGCCCUGGCACCGUUUUCCUCCAGACGAGGAAUCCAGCGCAGUUUGCCGCAUAUAUGGCAGCGCAUGGUGCUGGCGCCGCUUAG